UAUGAAAGCCCUCUGAAAUGUUUAUGGGUCUGGGAAGAUUUCUGAGCGGACUUCAACAAAGUAACCAAACGGAGGAAAGCGCUACAUUAACUUGGAGUCCGAGCUGGAAAAUAUGCGCUAGUCUUCGCCUGUGAGCCGCUGGACUACACAAGAAACACUCCGUCAUCAUGGAGCUGGAGGAGAAGAAGAAAUAUGGUGAGCCCUUCAAACACGACUCCUCCUUCAAGGGACCCAUCCAGAACAGGUCCUGCACCGAUAUUGCCUGCUGCAUCCUCUUUAUUAUCGCCAUACUGGGCUAUAUAGCAGUGGGAAUACUUGCCUGGUCCCAGGGCGAUCCAAGGAAGGCAAUCUACCCAACAGAUAGUAGAGGCGACUUCUGCGGACAGGCUGGGACUCCGCUCGAAAAUAAGAGGAAGUUGUUCUACUUCAACAUCAUGAAGUGUGCCAACCCCGUGGUGCUGCUUUCAUUCCAGUGUCCAACCACACAGCUGUGCGUGGAGAAGUGUCCCGACAGGUUCAUGACCUUAGUCAAAGCCCUUAAAAACGACAAAGACUUUGAUUACUACAAAAACUUCUGCAAGGAGACUGCGACACGUUCAAUGAGUUUACCAGACAUUGUUCGUGACGGUCUCUGUCCCUCUAUGCUGUUCCCCAGCAAGUCAUUCACCCGUAGGUGCUUUCCAGCUUUGGGAUUGAAAGGAGGUGUAGUAACUGUCGGAAACAGCACCACGUUUAUUGAUGGCAAUGGAAAUGAAAGGGAAGCUAAAGAUCUUGUGGAUGGAGUAAAGAAUGCCACUGUGGUCAUGGAAUCUCGUCAGGUGGUUAUGAAAAUAUUUGAGGAUUACACGCAGUCCUGGUACUGGAUCCUUAUAGGGCUGGUUAUCGCCAUGCUGCUCAGUCUGCUGUUCAUCGUCCUCAUGCGCUUCCUGGCCGGCGUCAUGAUCUGGAUCAUCAUCAUCGCUGUCAUAGCUGUUAUAGGAUAUGGAAUCUUCCACUGCUACAUGGAGUACGCCAACCUGAAGAAUGAGCCGGGCGCCAACGUGACUCUACAGGAGCUGGGCUUCCAGACAGACUUCACCAUCUACCUGCAAGUCAGACAAACAUGGCUGGCCUUUGUGAUCAUCCUGGCCAUCAUGGAGGUCAUCAUCAUCCUGCUGCUCAUCUUUUUGCGGAAAAGGAUCCUUAUUGCCAUUGCUCUCAUCAAAGAGGCCAGCAAAGCCAUUCGGUAUAUGAUGUGUUCCAUGUUUUACCCGCUGUUCACCUUCUUGCUCCUGGCAAUAGUCGUCGCCUACUGGGCCGUAACUGCUGUCUUCUUGUCCACUUCCAACGAGGCCAUCUACAAAGUGGUCAAUCAGUCGGAUUGUGUGCACUCUGGAAACGUUUGUGUUCAUGCUAACUAUUCCACGAGUAAGAUGAAAGUGGAUUGCCCGGAUUCACAGUGUAAUUUUGCCUACUACGGCGGAGAAACGGUUUACCACAAGUACCUGAUUGGCCUGCAGUUCUACAAUGUCUUCCUCUUCUUCUGGUGCGCCAACUUCGUCAUCGCUCUGGGACAGAUGACUUUAGCUGGGGCUUUCGCCUCCUAUUACUGGGCCUUCUCCAAGCCAGGCGACAUCCCCAGCUUCCCGGUGUUUUCCGCCAUGGGGAGAUCUCUAAGGUAUCACACAGGGUCUCUGGCAUUUGGUUCUCUAAUCCUAGCAAUUGUUCAAAUCAUCAGAGUUCUGCUGGAAUAUUUGGACCAAAAGCUGAAAGGAGCCGAAAACAAAUUUGCAAAGUUCCUGCUGUGCUGUCUGAAGUGCUGCUUCUGGUGUUUGGAGAAAUUCAUCAAGUUCAUGAACAGAAACGCCUACAUUAUGGUGGCAGUCCACGGCAAAAACUUUUGCGCCUCUGCAAUCAGUGCCCUCAAUCUCCUUGCUAGAAACCUGCUCAGGGUUGCUGUCGUAGAUAAGGUGACAGACUUCCUGUUGUUUUUGGGGAAACUGCUCGUCGUUGGGCUUGUAGGGGUCUUUGCCUUCUUUUUCUUCUCUGGAAGAGUGAAAGCAUUUGAGAAUACAGCGCCCAACCUCCACUAUUACUGGGUGCCAAUCCUGACUGUGGUGAUUGGCUCGUAUCUCAUUGCCCACGGGUUCUUCAGCGUAUACAACAUGUGUGUGGACACACUGUUCCUCUGUUUCUUGGAGGACCUGGAGAGGAAUGAUGGGAGUUCUGAGAGGCCAUACCUGAUGCCCGACAGCCUCCUUAAGAUCCUAAAUAAGAAGAACAAGACCAGAGCAGCGGAGUAGAACUUUUGAUCAAACCGUACAGCUCCAUCUGAGACCAGUCCGCUAACUAAGAGACACUGUGGCUUUCAGGAACACUUUGCCAAAGAUAAGAACCAAAGUCUCUGGAUCAUCAGGAUUUGCGUGACGUCCUCUCAUGUCAGAUGUAUUUACUUCGUAAUGGUUCGGGGCGUCUGUCUGCAUCACACACCAUCAUGUCCGUGUUUUCCUAGGUUUUCCAGUUAAGUGAAUUUUAAAGUCUUUGAUAUAAUCGUUUUCUUUUGUAUUGCAUGUUUUUAAGAGUUUUUUUUUUUAAAAUCAUGCACAUUUUCUUGAGCAUUUUUUAUGUUGUUAUAUGAAGGUACAUGGCAACUUCUUGAUGUUUAAAGUGCUUUUACAGCUUCAUGUGUAAUCUUAUUUUAUUACUUGAUACUGAAGCCAUCACACUGCCAGAGGCCUCCUCUACACUUUACAUUAUGGGAAGGGUUUUAUUGGAUACAAAAGCACAGUUUACAUAAAUGUACAGGUUUGUGUUUGGGACAUAUGCUAUAUUUGUUUAAAAAUAAAACUGUUUUAUACAUA